UGUCAAAAGCCCUGAGACAUCUCCUGUUCUCGUCUUUGCUGUGUGUUGCUGAUAAUUUUCGGAAUUAGUUUUGGGGCUCGUCAUGGUGAAUAAAAUUAGAGCUGUGUUGAUUGACCUCAGUGGAACUCUGCACAUUGAUGAUUCUGUGGUUCCGGGGGCUGUCAAUGCCCUGAAACGACUUCGUGCCACCGACACGAAAAUUAAAUUCGUAACGAACACAACGAAAGAAUCAAAGUCAUGUCUCUACGAUCGAUUGAAUAAACUCGGCUUCGAUAUUAAAAAAGAUGAAAUAUUCAGUUCGCUGGCGGCGGCGAGAGAGGUCAUACAGGCUCGCAAACUCAAUCCAUUCCUCAUGAUUGACGAUGCGGCCAUGGAGGAUUUUCAGGAUCUGCAGAAUCCCGAUGGGGAAUUCACUGCAGUCGUUGUCGGACUGGCGCCGAAGAAAUUUCAUUACGACGAGUUGAAUCAAGCGUUUAGGCUGUUGUUGCAAGGGGCGUCCCUAAUCGCCAUCCACGAGGGGCGGUAUUACAAACGCGGGGAUGGCCUCGCCCUGGGACCUGGUGCCUUCAUCAGAGGCUUGGAGUACUCAGCGAAUGUCAAAGCAGAAGUAAUUGGAAAACCGACGAAAGGGUUUUUCGAAGCUGCACUGGGGGGAAUUCCCCCUCAAGAAGCUGUCAUGAUAGGGGAUGAUGUAAGGGACGAUGUUGCUGGAGCCCAAGCAGCAGGUAUCCGAGGCCUCCUAGUGCAGACUGGGAAAUAUCGUCCUGGGGAUGAGGCAUCAAUAUCUCCACCACCAGCCAAAGUUAUUCCAUCCUUCGUCGAAGCUGUCGACGAACUCCUCAAAGAAUUCUCAGAGGCGUAAUACAUCGAGUUCAUUUUAUCCCAUCCCCCCAUUUAUUGGAAACAAUUGAAUACGAUUUAUGGAAAUCAUGGAGAUCCAGUUCAUAUUAAAAAUGUAGUUAUCAGGGAUUAUUCCCUAAUUUUAUCUCAUUUUUAUGAAUUGAAAAGGGUGAAACGAUGUCAAAGAAUUAAAACUGCGAUUAUUCUUCAUGAAAUUCUCUAGGAAAAAUUCAAAUUACUGCAAAAAUGUCGAGAUUAAUGUCUGGUGAUUGAUCAUCCCAUGAUUAAAUAUUAAUGUCUCUGAAGCUCUGUGAAUAAAAAAUAUUUCCUUAAUUAAAAUAGUUUUUCUACUUCAAAAAAUAUCAGUGAAUUUAUAUUUAUUAUGUUCAGUCGAUCAAAUAUGAGGUUCUUCUAGAAUUGCCUCAUAAUAAUGCAUUCAAAAACGUGUCAUGCUGUCAAAUACCUAGAACUAAAAUUACUCUCCAUGAAAUUAUAAAACUAUUCCGUUAAUUAAAGUAUUUUCAUACCCCAAAAAAUCGAAUAAACGCAGUAAAAUACCAGUGAAUUCAUAUUUAUUAUGUUCAGUCGAUCAAGUAUGAGGUUUUUCUGAUUACAAUAUUCUCAUCUCAGUAAAAUUUGGCUGCCAGACAAUGUUCAAUAACUAGUGAAUUGACAUAUUCCUCAUUUCCCCAUCAGAUUUAUUCUCACACUGCCUUAGGCCAGAGGCAAUUAUAUUCACAAAAAGUCGUUUGCCCAGCCUAGGAGAUAAGCAUGUGAAAUCAAUCAAGUUGUGCUCUGUGACAAACCAGUAAAUGAAAAUUCACAUCUUCGACGAUUGAGAGUUCGCGGUGCGACAGUAUGCGGAAAUAAAGAACAUUGAACUUAAUGGUAUCAUUGAUUCUCAAUUUCGGAAGACAAAUAGUGAAGGAGUAGGAAAAUUGCGCUCGUAUUGCGCAAUUUUUUUAUCAUUCUCAAGGAACUACUCUAAAAAAUUUUCAAUUUUUUUUCUCUUUCCUUCAUGAUUUAUGAGACUUAUGAGUUCUGGGCGGAAUUGAGGAUUCCCAUAUGUACUUUAUGCCGAAAAAAUGAGAAAAUUGGGGCGAGAAAAUUCUCCGUGCCUUCACAAAAUGGCAAAAUGAAGAAAAAUUGACUGCAAUAUUUUGUCAGAAAUAAUUGAAUGAAUUUUUUUUAUUGAACGAAAUUAUAAACCGAAAAAUAUUACAA